ACCUGCGAACGCGACCAGUUCUCAUGUUUACAAUUGAAAAGCUAUUUUAUUUGCUGUAAAUGUUCUUUUUAGUUGUUCCCUGCGGAGUCGAGCUGAUACACUUAAGUGCAAAGCUGUCGAAUAUGCAAACAUGCACAUAUCUCCACUUAAAUAAACUCAGGGAUAAAAAAAAGUGCCCGCUAGAUAGGUCCACUAAAUUUUAGGGCUGAACUCUCUGGGGGUUCAGGAUAAUUACGCUGGUUGUGGUUGUCAUGGUAAUACAGUUUACAGGGACGUUGGCUAACCUCUUAUUGUGCAUCAUGGACUUCAGUGACAGCAUGUCGGAGGGAGAGAGGGGACCGACGGAGGCUGUUUUCACUCAGCUCAGGGGGACUGUCUUUGUCGACUCAGUAGGUGUUUUCAGUGAUUUUGUACUACUUUGCUCGCAGUUAAGUCAUGGAGUCAUCGGAGCCUGAGGAAAAGUUGAGCUAAAAUGUAGCGACGGUGAAGUCUCACAGACCCCAGUUCAUUCCUAAAGGCGAAAUACGGGCUAAGAAACCAUGCAAAUCUUUUCUCUGACAAGCGCCGUCUAAAUGUUUAACUAACUAAAAAGUCAAGUUUUACAGCGCUUUGGUUAUUUAAAAAACAUCAGACUGGGACUCUCGAGAACCCAACAUUGCACGAAGUUGUUCUGCGCGCUGAAAGCUCAAUUUGACUAUUCAGAUAAGGUUACUCUUUAGUCCUUUUCCUCUUUAAGGGUUCCUCUGGACCUGAAGAUCUUUUCGACGAGGACGUCUACUCCCCGUCCUCCUUGUCCUCGUCCUCCUCCUCUGUCCCUACUGUGUCCUCCCUGCCCGGGAGAACGCUGUGCACCUUCUGCGGUCAGGACAUAAUGGACCGAUACCUCCUUAAGGUCAGACUCACACUGGAGAAGAGUAAUAGGUCUGUGGUAUCACCGAAAGACUAGGUCUGUAACUACAGAGUGACACUCGGGAAGUUGCGAACUGGGAGGUUGCCUUAUUUAUUUUGAAGUUUUUAGCCAUUUAGGUUAAGCGUGACUAUUACAGGCCUUUUUUAGCUUUAGGUCAUUUAUGGUGAAACUGUGCCGCCAAAUCUUUUUAAGCCUCAGACUCCUGCAAAGAUUAAAUAUUUUUAGCUGUGAGGUUGAAUGUUUUUACACGUUCCUUGUGUGUGUUUAACCAUAGUUAUUUCUGUCUGAACUGCUUGAAAUGACAAUGACAGGUAUUCGUUUUACCUUUUAUUAAUGUACCAGAGAAAACUGAAAACCUGAAGUGAAAUGAUUUUACUUGACUUGAAGUCUUAAUCUUUUUUUUAAUUUUUUUAAUCUCAGGUAAACAACUUGUGCUGGCAUGUACGCUGCCUCUCAUGCAGUGUGUGCAAAACAUCUCUGGGGCGACAUGUGAGCUGUUACAUUAAGGACAAACAAGUUUUCUGCAAAUUAGACUACUUCAGGUAGGUCACACCUAAAAUAUUUUAUUAUAUUAUUAUUAUUAUUUGAACAAGGAGAAGUAAAUACUUAACAAAAAUAAUAGCCAUUUCAUUUUGCUUGUAAAAAAUGAUUAGAAAUCACAAAUAUUGAAAAAUAAUUGAUGUGGUCAGUUUUUGAAUAAGGCAAACAACACAUGAAAAAUGGAAAUGGAGAGAUGAAUUUUGUUAGCUCAACACACGUUACUAUCAGAGGUUUGUUGUCAAUAUUUGAAUGUUAAACAAGAAUCGCCUCUACAUAUUUUGAUAUAUGUGAUACACAUGCCAAAAAUGGGCAGUGCUGCUUCUUUUUCCUGCACUUUGCAAACUGUGGGGAAACUUUAUUUUCUUUGGAGUUUGCAUUUAAUAAAAGUAUCUGUAUUUACUUGUAAUCCUCAAAGAGUGGUAAUUAAUUUGUGCUCUGGCUUUUUAUAAGGACCAGGAUCACAAGCUUUAUGAAGGAAUAAAAGCUGGCUUUCAAGUAGUUGAAAGACAUGACCUACACUUGAGGAUUUACUGUAUAAAUGCAGAAAACUGCAUUUGGCGAAAACUGGAGAUGAUGGUCAUAACAUGGUCAGGAAAUCUUCCAGUCCAACCUAUCGGUCAAUUAUUAUGAAACCAUCGCUAAACAAUUAGCCAGCCAAAGCUUCUCCCCAUCAACCCUCAGAAAAUCAUGGUCCUCUGCCUAUGCCUGUAUCUCAUGUUUGCCCUCAGGAGGUAUGGGACCCGAUGUGCCCGCUGUGGUCGUAAUAUCCACUCCAGUGACUGGGUGCGGCGGGCCCGGGGCAGCACUUUUCAUCUGGCCUGUUUCUCCUGCACCUCCUGCAAACGACAGCUGUCCACUGGGGAGGAGUGUGGACUUAUAGAAAACAGGGUCUUCUGCCGACCCCACUAUGAUUCCAUGCUGGAAAAUAUCAAACGUGCUAAAGAGAAUGGUGAGUACAUGCACAGAGAUGAUGAUUGGUAUAUGGAUGGAUAAAAAAAUUCAGGAUAACCCGGACUUCCUUCUGUACCCUAUAAGACUCCUAAAUAUCCUAAAUCAGAAAUAAUGCUUUUUUUUUUUUUUACAUACACUCAAUAGCAGCUAGUGCAGACAUGUUUUUUUGUUGUGUUGAGAGUGCUGAUGGUUAGAGAAUGGUGAAGGAGUUGAAGAAAGACCUAGGGUACACUGGAAAAGUCUAAAAUUCCCCCUUAAGCCCUGCUUUCCUCUAUUCCUAAGCCCUGAUCGAAAACAUCACAGGUUUAAAGAAAGGAAUAUUAUGGAGUGAAGGAAGGAUAAGCACAGGUUUUGGAGAAUCUGACUGCUUUUACACAGCGGAUAUUAUUGAUUUCACCUGAAUCUGCUGUGUAAAAACUACAAUCCACUGCAGAUGUGUGGUGUUCUUUCAGUGGUGUUUACUGCUCCCUGCUAAAAAUGGUGAAAAUUGGGUGAUAAAUAUGACAUUAUUUCAUGUCUUCUCAGGAUAAAACAGUCUGAAAAUUUGAGAAAACAUCUGUACGGUUUCAUAUCUGUAAAUGUGAACCUCAUAUGACUGUCUGAAGGAUUUUAAUCCCUCUUUUAAUGUUAAUGAAGUGAAAUCCAAUUCUGUUCAUGUAAGGACUUGGAAUCCUACUAGCCUGAAAUGCCGUUAUCUUUUUUAUUUUAGCUUGCAUGUUCUAAUUUGAAUACUAUUAGCUCCCAUUACCUGUCUAACUUACCUAUUAAUAAUGUUUUAAGCACUCUUCAAACCCUCUACACCAAUGGUUGCCAACUGGUCUGGCCUUGGAACUCAGCAUCACCCCUUAAUGACAAGCUGCGACCCAAAUUGAGGAAAUUUUCAACUUGUCAGCUUCAUGCAUUUAAAAAAUAGUCCUGAAUAUCCCAACCUACUAACACGUACACAAAAAAACUAGUUGAAUCAUAAACUGAAAUGACCAGCAGAUGGCGAUAAUCAUGAGAGAAAAAUAUUUCCUUUCACACCCAAUUAGCUGCAUUUGAAAUGAAAUCAAAAAGUGCAUCUUAAGAGCACUAUGUUUUAAAAAUGAAGCACUACUGAACAGCCCUUUGUUACUAUUAUUAUAUAAUUGGAACUUCAUGAGCCAUCGAUCAUGAGGCUGAUACAAUAUGCAUUGAUGUACCCUCAGCUCUUCUUAACAUACUCAGAGGUGCUUUCUUGCAUAAACAUGAAAAAAAAAAAAAACAAUCUUUGUACUCGAUGUAAGUAAACCAAUAUCUCAUGUACCGGUAGUUUUCUUUACUUUUUUGGCCAAGCAGACCCACUGAAAAUGAGUCCUGGACCCACCACUUCAGCUGCCUUGUUCGCCAGAUACCUGUCAAAAAGAACUCAAUGUGUUCAGGUAGCUGGAAGUGCCUCUUCUUUUCUGGACAUUACCAAAGGGGUGCCCCAAGGUUAAGUGCUGGGACCCAUUGUAUUUUUAAUCCACAUAAAUAAUCUCUGCAACAAUUUGUCAAAUGCAAUGUAUUAUUUUUAUGCAGAUGACACCAUCAUUUAUUGUUUUUCAAACUCACUCACUCACUCACUCACUCACUCACUCACUCACUCACUCACUCACUCACUCACUCACUCACUCACUCACUCAGACAGACUCUCAAAUUUUUACUUGCUGCUUUUCAUGUUAUCCAGUCUUAUGAUCUAAAUUGGUUUUGAACAGAUAAAAUCAAGCUCAUGGUUUGCUCUUAUCUAAAACUGGUACCACAGAAAAAUGCAAGUAUUAUAAAAUCUGAAGGAAAACCUAUGGAGCAGGUUUUAAAUUACAAGUACUGGGAUUUUAUUUUAGCCUGGGAGCUUUCAAUGAAAGCACACACAAUUAAUCUGGUCACUACACUUCAGAUGAAACUUGGGUUCUUUUUCAGAAACAGAACCUGCUCAUUAACAGUGACACUGCUCUACUGCAAAAAACAAGCAGUUGCUUUGCCUUAGGUUCUUGCACUACACUUGUUUUAUCUGUUCCUCGAGUAAGGACUGAAUUUGGUAAAAGAGCUUUGAGCUUUGCCUGGAACACUCUGCAGAUUGAACUGAAACUCUCUGGAGCUAUUCUACCUAGAGCUUUUCGUGCUAUCUGGAGGGACAGACAGCAUGAGACCAUUGAACAAUGCCUGUGCUUUAAAUCUUACAUGGUUGUGUUUGCUUUUGUGUUAUAGUUCCCGCACUUCCUAACACGUUUUAAUAUGUGCUGUCACUUCUAUGUAACUUUUCUUAUGACAUGUGAUGCUGACCUCUUGGCCAAGUCACCCUUGUGAUAGAGAUCCUGAUCUCAGAGGGUUUUUAAUCCGGUUAGGUAAAUGACUUGAGAAUCACUGCUCUACACUGUUUUACAGUGGACUAAGGAUAGUAAAACAGUGGCUGCUGUUCCCUAAUUCACAGAUAACAUGAUCACAUCUUCAUCACUGAGUGAAUUUUAAAAAAUCUGACAUCUCUGGCAUAAAACCCUCCUCAGUUUGAGCUGCCUACUGUAGUGCUUUUUGUAAGACUCUUCAAUGCACUGUAUGAUCUACAAUGCAAGAUGACUUGUCUCUUUUCUAACAGAGCACCCGAAAGGAGAGGAAGAAGAGGGGGACAAAGAAGAGUCCAGCACCAUGCCCAGACCUGCAAAAAGGGCCCGGACCAGCUUCACUGUUGACCAGUUACAGGUAUUGUAAAACCACCAUAACCAUAGAAAAAGCAUUUGAUAAAAAGAUGCUGAAUAAAUAAAAGCAGAACACAUGAAACACAGAGUAAGAGCUAAACAAAAGGUUUUUAACCCUCAUCUGUAAGAAACUGAAAACUUUUUUCUCUCUGAUUGGAGGUAUGGUGUUGUGAUCAGGGCCACAGAACAGGAUCAGUUUUUUAGAUAGGGUCAUCGAGACCUCAAAUUGGAGCCCACAAAUUUGGGAAGUUUGUUCAUGAUAAGAAGCGGUGGAUUUGGGUCAGUAUGCAUUGGUUUUGUCGCCUUUUUGUGAUUUUUUUGUGGAUAACUUAAAUUUUGAGAGGCAGCAAGCACCAGACUCUUGGUAAACAAAUUUUCACUGUGUUUAAGGAAACUUAAUGCCAAAUUUGAUGCCUUUAUGACUUACAAUGUUGCAGUAACAAUUUGUUUCUGGAUUUGCAGUACCAAGCCAAAAGCUUUUUCCAUAAAGGGGGAUUCUGAACCCCAAAGACCAUCAAUCCUAAAUUUGGGGUGGGCUGUCUGUCAUCCUGAGAUGACUAAAUAUAACACUGAAAAAAGGAAGCACAGGCUGGUCCUGGCACCCAGCCUUUAACCUGUCAACUGACUCCCACUACGGACUGAGGUCAUCCCCUUCUGUUUUUUGUGUAUUUUCUGCCCUCUAGUGUCAGUGAGAGGUUGUGCAAUCUAAUUUAACAGAGCACUUUUUGUGUCGUCAUCUCCCAUAUUAAUGCGUCAUGAUUAAAGUGAACUGUGAACUUAUCCAUGUAAAGAUGCCUCUCCUCAUCAUCUCUUCAUUUGUAGGUGAUGCAGACUCAGUUUGCCAAAGAUAACAACCCAGAUGCCCAAACUCUUCAGAAACUGGCAGAGAGGACUGGUCUUAGCCGCAGGGUUAUUCAGGUGAGUGUUUCUUUCUGUCUGUGGAGAAGUGCUCAUAAGGGUUGACCGGGUAUGGGCCUAGGCUGAUUAUCGGGCCGAUAUUCAGCAGUUGGCCAUGUAUCUGUAUUUGGCCUUUUGUUGUAAAGAUGAAUUAAAAAGUGUACAAAUUUGGCUCUGCUGCUGGUGUGUCUUUCCCUCUGGGUGUGUUUUCUUGCACCUCUGUGUCUGACCUGAUGUCAGGUCAUAUGUUGUCAUAUUGCAGCAGCCUUAAACCACAUAUUAGGUAGGAAAGUGCAGUAAAACUAUAGAUGUACAAGCCCAGUCCACUGAGAAGUGCCUGCAACUUGAGAGAGCUUGAAUGACUUCAAGAUUUUAUGACAAACCAGCUAGUAGCUGCAUUGUUAGAUACAACUUUCACAUUUGCAGUGACAGCUAAAUUUCUAAAAUGGAAAUGUUUAUUAAAACCAGAGUUAAAUACUGCCCAGCAACAUACCAGAGACAUGUAGAGACUCUCAGUGUGGUUGGUAGCAGGUGCAAAGCUGUCAAUCAAGUUGUUAGCUCCCACGACAUGGCAGUGCCUGAUAGUAAAGCUAUUAUUUUCACUGAGAGAGGGAUUAUUUUAAUUUAUAUCAUUUUUUUACUGUGAUAUCUUUUAAUGACUAAAACAGGUGGGAGGGGCAGUGGCUGAUCGAGGGAAGCCCUUUUCUACAUUUUCCCCAUUUAAUAUUCACAAUAAAUGAUACACCUGACUGUCAAAAGUUGGUCAGAAGAGAUUUUUGUCAGAACUAAUUAAGCAUGCAGAGGACAGGACAAAAUAAGCAAAGAUGUGGCCAAAAUAGGAGUGUUAAAGAGAGGAGAUACUUUACCAAAAGUGCUUCAAAAAUUAAUACAGAUAAAAACGUAUCUCUUUAAACAAAUCAGGCUCUUCUCUUUGUGUGUGAAGUUUUGGUCAUUCUCACAAUCACAUCAUGUUAGUUUAAACAUGUUUAAGUAUUUACUGAUGGAGUCCUUCAGUCUUGAAGUCGAGCUGAUCACUCAGAGCAGAUGUUAACCCGUUUCUCUCUAUGUCCAGGUUUGGUUUCAGAACUGUCGUGCUCGUCAAAAGAAAUACAUCAGCCCAAGUCCCGCCCCCUCUUCAAUGAUGACAUCCCUGACUCCUGGUCAGCUGACCCCGCCUCUGAUGGAUGAUCUGCAAUACACAACCUAUAUUUCUCCAGACACACCACUCCUCACUACGCUGACUUACAUGGAUGGUAAGGAACAGUUUCACACUCCAACUCUCAUUGGCAAACACCAAACUUUACAAAUGUCAUGAACAAAAAUGUUUCCUUCGAACAUAACAAUCUCCACAAAUGUGAGUGGCUUGAUGCCAUGACUGUUUGUUGAAGGGCAAAUGCAUAUUACACCUCUAAAUGGAGGUCCUCUAGAAAAGUCUGCAGAUAUGCAGUUUCAUACCAUGAAAUACAGAAUUUGGUAAUUCUGUCUGGUCUUGAGAGAGACAACACAAGGAACCCCCACUCCACCUGGUUGAAAGCGUUCUCAGCAUUGAAUGGGAAGGCAGCUACUGGUGCCAGAUUUGAGUCAUUCUUAUGUGUGAGAUGCAUAAGGCUUAAUAAAUUAUCUGUGUAACAUCUGUUUUUAAUAAAGCAUACUUAAAAAAAAUGUAUUUUUAUUAUUAAAACAUACUUUAUGAUAUUCUUUAGCACUGUCUCUGAAUGUGAUGCUAGAGUCUUUGUUAAUAACUUACAAUCCUAACACAAGAAGACUAAUGCAGUUGUUCCAGCUCUUUGUUGUAAGAAGAGAAAAAGGAUAGAGUAGACACUCCAGUCUGCAGAGGGAGUUUCACUUACCUUUGACGGUUUGCUUUCAUAGACUGCAGAGGCUUGAGUAAUAAACUGCUUAUUUUAUUGACACUGAUAAAAUACACUCCUUCCUGCUACAAUUAAUGAAAAUUUUAUUCAUCACAGUCAAACCAGACCAAAGUGCAGUGAAUGAAUGCAUAAAUCAUGUACUUUGCCUUCUAAGAAGCCUUUUGUAUUUUUUGUUUUAUCAGAUAUCAUGAUGUAUCAUUAUUUGAUUGUUUUGCAGUACAUCAAUUUUUCCAGUCUCUUGUUAAUAUCAGUAUUAUGGACUUGGUGUUGUGUGUUGUCUUGUUAUGAGUCCCCAUUCUCACCUCUAUUCUUAAUGUACCUUUUUUCCUCACUGAAUUUCUCCAGUCCAAAAUCCAGAUUCACUUCUGCUCCAGCCACUCCUGGCUCAUUCGUUGACUCAGCUGCCCGUCAGCCAUGCCUGAGCUCCAGCCCGCCUCCUGAAAUAGAGGACACUGAUUGGGUGACUUGAAGACAAAAAGCAAAUCCAGCUCUUCUAAACAGAAUCUAAGAGUAGAAAAUUUAAUGUCCAAAAAAUGAUUAGAUUGGAUGAAAAGAGUAAGUUUGAGUUUUUCUUCUAAUGUUUGAGUAGACAGUACAUACAAAUGAGUAAAUGAAUUUAUUUGAUUGAAUCAUAUAGGAAUUAACAUGUUAAAGACAUGCAGAACAUGGGUGUAUAUGAAAUGAAUCUUGUGUUUGUAUGUUUUUUUUUGUUAAUUUAUUUGGAGGAUUUAAUGAGAAAAGGCACUUUGAAACUAAUGUAAACUUUAUAAAGAUAAUGUUUUCAGUUGGAUGGUAUUCAGUGGGAUGGAUGGGUGUGUGUUUUGGGCAAACAGAUGUCACUUUGGCCUCACAAGGACAGAAUCAGAGUUUUUCUUCUGCUAAAACAUAAAAAAAAAAAAAAACUUCUGUUACACAAUUAUUAUUAUUAUUAUUAUUAUUAUUAUUAUAAAUAAAGUUAUUACUACUGGGACCAUUUUACACUGCCAAAUGUAGAGUUUGUUGUCCUUCAACAUGAAAAUACUGCAUCUGAUUUGAGACACAUAACAUCAGUUGGGAUGUUUUUCUGUACAGCUUGUGUUAAGUCCAGAAAAAAGUGUAAAUGCAAUUCUAGAUCAGAAAUGUUAGAUGCCACCAUAAACCAUGUAUGAGCUAGGCAGUGCGAAAAGAUGAAC